AUGGGAGACGCCCAACCCGAUAAAUCAUUCACGCCCACUUCUCGAGCUGCCACAACCGUCCGAACCCGACACAAGAGCAGUGAUGACGGUGGACACCAGCGAAAGCGAAAGGGAGACAAAGAAAAACCUUCACAGCUGCACCAGCCCUGGUACGACAAUCUUACAGAAUACUCAGAGCGCAGUGUGAGUCAUGAGAGCGACAUCCCCGUCGCCUUGGCCCUUGUAUCGGAGAACUUCCACUUGCUCUGGGGCGGCGUCUUCCUCGCCAGCCUCUGGGAACAAUUUCUCUUCGAAUACCUUCUCUGGCACUGUGACGUGACUUCGGAGUUUCAGUCUUGGUUAGCUCUUGCGCCAUGA